AUGGGUUUCCUAGGUGUAUAUUCGGCCAUUUACGACUACCAUCCCCAGGCGCAGGGGGAAUUAGAGCUUCGCGAAGGAGACCUACUGUAUAUUCUGGAGAAAAGCGACGAGGAUGCUUGGUGGAAAGCCAAGAAGAAGGCGGAACGAGACGACGAGGACGAGCCUGAAGGUCUGGUGCCGAACAACUAUGUCGAGGAGACUCAACCAAUCCACGCGGCCAAAGCGCUUUACGACUACACGCGCCAAACGGACGAGGAGGUAUCCUUUUCGGAAGAUGCGGAGCUGAUGGUGUACGACACGUCGGAUCCGGACUGGACCUUAGUUGGUGUUGGUUCGGACUUCGGCUUUGCCCCUGCAAAUUACAUCGAAAUAGAAGCGCAGUCCGCCCAUGCUCCAACGCCACCUGCCAUCUCGUCUCCCCCAGUCGAGACCCCCCCUCCCAGUCUUCCACAACGACCAGCCGCGGUGCCCGCAGAGGAGGAAACCCCGGAGCCCAUUGCCAGCCCUGCCGUUGACAGGCCCCCCCAAGAUGGGGCUGCCGCUGCAAUUGCGAACAUCAUCCACCAGCAACAUGCAUCCCCCACGCAGCCGGAGACCCCCCGAACUGUGCCCCCUCCGCCUCCGCCUCAGCCAACCUAUGAGCCCGAAGAAAGCUACCGAAGGGAGCCUUCUCCGCCGCCCCCGGCCUUGCCCCGGCGUCCCCCGUCGGAACAGAUUUCCUCCCCGGUGCGUUUCGAUCUCCCGCCGGAGCCCUCUCCGCCACCACGACCUCGGGUUGCUUCCAUUCAGGCAAGCGAUCGCAAAGGUCAUGUACAGGAAUCUCCUCCCUACAACAGAGUUGGGCAGCCUGCCCCGCGCUCGCCCUCUGGAUAUCACAUCUACAAUAUCAAUGAGAUGGUCGAGGUGAUGGGCAAGAGAAAGAAGAAACCUACAACUCUGGGAAUCAAUGCGGCCACCGGCACCAUCUUCAUUUCGCCCGAAGAUGACGGCGAGGACCAGGAAUGGACCGCCGAUAAGCUGUCGCACUACUCGAUUGAGGGCAAGCAUGUCUUCGUCGAUAUGGUUCGCCCCAGUAGAAGUAUCGAUUUCCAUGCCGGAGCAAAGGACACCGCACGCGAAAUUGUCUCCGCUUUGGGCGAAAUCUCGGGGGCUUACCGUGCAGAGGGUUUGAGGGAGGUGAUCGCGGCCGGAUCAGGUGGCGGCGGCCAGAAGAAGGGACAAAUGGUGUACGAAUUUAUGGCUCAGGGUGAUGACGAGGUGACCGUGGCGCAGGGUGACGAUGUCAUCAUCCUCGACGACACCAAAUCCGAGGAGUGGUGGAUGGUGCGGCGCUUGAAGAACGGCAAAGAGGGCGUGGUUCCAAGCAGCUAUGUAGAGAUCACCGGCGUCACGGCCAGUCAGUCCCCCGCAUUGGACUCCGGCUUGUCGAAUGUCGAACGGAAUCGGAUCGAGGAGUCUAGGUUAGCCAAGGAAGCGUUGCGCAAGUCAACCAUUGAACCGAAGGACACGCGCAGCCCUGAGAAACGCGACAGUCGAAGCAGCCAUAAAGCGAAACCGGAUCCCAACAAAACGAGACAUUGGACCGACCGGACCAAGACCUUUACCGUGGAGGCUCAGUUCAUCGGCCUUCAAGACGGCAAAAUCCAUCUGCAUAAAAUGAACGGCGUCAAAAUCGCAGUCCCAAUCACCAAGAUGUCAGUCGAGGAUCUGGAAUUCGUGGAGAAGGCCACUGGCGUGUCUUUGGAUGAGGACAAGCCUCUAUCCGACAUUCGCCGUCGGUCUCAGAAGAUUGAACCCGAGCCCGCUCGUUCCUCGGGCGAGGCCAAAAGAGCUGGCGCUGGAGCUGGAGCUUCCUUCCAGCAGUCGGACUACGACUGGUUCGAUUUCUUCCUGAAGGCUGGCGUUGGUCCUCAUCAGUGCGAGCGAUACUCCCAGAACUUCAUCAAAGAUUCGAUGGACGAGACUAUUCUUCCGGAAAUCACCCCCGAGGUUCUUCGCACGCUUGGUUUGAAGGAGGGUGAUAUCCUACGAGUGAUGCGCCAUCUGGACACGAUUUUCAAUCGCACUGGCGGCAAGUCGAAGCUGCGCAAUGUGAGCUUCGGUGGCGAAGAAGUUAUCGCCAACGGCGAGGAUGGAUCUCCUGGUGGCCUCUUUUCUGGACCGGGGGGCACGUUGCGUAACAACACUCGCAAGGGCAGACCGGCUCCCGCCGUUCAAACCAACGACGUCGUUGAUCCUAAGGCUUUCGAGCAGAAGGACACAUCUACACCGUCCGACCCGGACGCAACGCCCCCGGCUUCUGCUGCGACCGAGAAGCCGGUCAAACAAGGCUUCGAUGAUGAUGCAUGGGAGGUCAAGCAACCGAAGCAGCCUGCCACAACUGCGCCGGCUGCUGCUACUUCAAACUCGCCCCCUGCUGCGGCCUCGCCUGCCACGACCCAGGCCCCGUCCCAGCAGCAGUUGACCGGAGCAUUGGCUGAUCUAUCGAUCCUUCAUCCUCCGCUCCAGCCCACUCCUACUGCCCAGCCUGCUCCUGCUCCCCAAUCCCCGCCGGCCCCACCCGUGAUUCAAGCCCAGCCCACCGCUGUGCCCGUGUCUCAACCUCCGCCACAGCAACCACAGCAGACCGGAGCCACCCCGGGGUUCUUCUCGCAACUCGGCCAGAACAACAUGCAAGGGCUCAGCCCUCAAGCGACCGGCUUUCAGCAGGCCGCGAGACAACGUCCCCAGGCCCCGCAGGCUUUGGGUCAGAACACGCUGCUGCCACCUCCGCCCCCGCGACCCCUUUCGGCUCCUCAGAAUUUCCCUCAGCAGCAGAACUCUUUUGGAGCCACUCCGCUGCAGCCUCAACUUACAGGCAUCCCUCAAGCGGGCCCGCAAAUUGCGCCUCCCGGACAGAGUCUCGCCGAGCUCAAUCAACAGCGCUUCCAGUCAACGCUUCAGCCUCAACCGACCGGUUUUAUGCCCCAGAACCAAUUCCAGAAUGGACUGAUGCCGCAGCCAACCGGGUUCCAGCCACAGUCGCAGUUCGGAAUUCAGCAGCAACAGACUGGGUUCCAGGGACUUAUGCCCCAGCCCACCGGUUUUGGAGGCUUUCAGCCGCAGCCGCAGCAGCCGAUGCAAACCGGUGUCAAUUCCGUCCUUCCUCCAGCCUUGCAGCCUCAACCUACCGGUCUAAAUGGUAUUGGUGGUAUGCCCUACAAUGCGUCGCCGCCCCCGAUCCCGCCAAUUCCUCAACAGCCUACGGCGACGCCGCUGCAACCGCAGAAGACCGGCCCACCCCCAUCGAUCAGGUUUGGUGUCAAGCCCGAGGCUCCCAAGAAGCUUGCUCCACAGCCAACCGGUCUCAAGGCCAAUCUUUCUCAAGCCACGCCCACGAAUCCGUUUGGCUUCUGA